CAGAGGGGUCCGAUAAUCCCUACAAACAAAUCCAGCAGCAAAACCAAAGAAAUCACCAGCUGAAAAGCGGGGCCCCGAGUUAAAAAAAAUCGCUCUCCUCUGGAAAGCACCAUCCCCUUCCUCCUCCUCCUCCGUCCCCAAUCCCCUCCUCCACUCCCUCCGCACAACCCUAGCUGCCCCCAAAUCCAUGGAUCCCACCAAGUCCAGCACCCCUCCGCCGCCCCCCGUCAUGGGCGCCCCUGUCGGCUACCCUCCCACGGCGUACCCUCCCGCCGCGGCCGCGGCCGCCGGCGCCGGCGCCUACGCCCCGCAGCUCUACGCGCCGCCCGCCGCGGCCGCGGCCCAGCAGGCGGUCGCCGCGCAGCAGCAGCUGCAGAUGUUCUGGGCGGAGCAGUACCGCGAGAUCGAGGCCACCACCGACUUCAAGAACCACAACCUCCCGCUCGCCCGCAUCAAGAAGAUCAUGAAGGCCGACGAGGACGUCCGCAUGAUCGCCGCCGAGGCCCCCGUCGUCUUCGCCCGCGCCUGCGAGAUGUUCAUCCUCGAGCUCACCCACCGCGGAUGGGCGCACGCCGAGGAGAACAAGCGCCGCACGCUCCAGAAGUCCGACAUUGCCGCCGCCAUCGCCCGCACCGAGGUGUUCGACUUCCUCGUCGACAUCGUACCGCGCGACGACGCCAAGGACGCCGACGCGGCCGCCGCCGCGGCUGCGGCUGCGGCGGCCGGGAUCCCGCGCCCCGUUGCCGGCGUGCCCGCCACCGACCCGCUCGCCUACUACUAUGCCCCUCAGCAGUAAUGUAUCAUCGUCGUCUCUUAGUCAUUUCCCAAGCAGAAUGUGUUGUCCUUGUUGCUGUUGUUGUUGCCGCGUAAUAACUAAUAAGACUUGUUAAUGAUUUAUGGGGCUCCCCUUGAGCUUAAGAAUUGAGCUGUUUGGUUCUAGAAUCCGGAUGAAUUGCUGUACUGGGGAAAGCCCUUUGAUUGCGUUGGUAGUGUAUGCCUAACUCAUCGGAUGGUAAAAUCCGUAAGUAUUAUGCGGUUAUCCCGUAAUUAUUGUGCAAUUUCAGUUCUUCAAUUUUUUCUG